AUGAUACCUUGCUCUGAUGAUGUUCGUCAUGUGACGGACGAAAGCUUAGCACCCUUUCACCGGAAUCGAAGGAGAUUGCCUCGGAAACAGCGUCAGCACGAAUGUUCCAGUAAAGACAAUCGACAGCUGGUCAAAAGGAAUCCGCUGUCGUCUUCUGGUGGAACCGACCUUCGAAUCUCUUCACUUAACACUUUUACUCGAAAUGGAACACACAUCAAAGUGACCUACGAGCGCAUCAACUUGGCUCAGUUCCACGCCCUCAUCCGGCGUCUGUGGAAUCGUCUUGCCCACAAGACCUCGGUUGAAGCCUCCUGCAAGGGUCAAGUGGUCGCGUCCGAGUCCGUCGACGUUUCGAGGCCAACGACUGAGACCAUGGAAACCGGAGGCAAGGAGGCCAGCAUCAAAAGCCUCCUUGAGGUGAUCAAGCUGAUUGAGCAGGGCAGCGACGUGAUCCGACUUCCGGAUCGGCCCGGGCCCGAUGCUGAGUACUCACGUGUGACGAAUCAUCGGGCGACCACGUUGUCCGAAUGGUUCGAGAUCUCGUGGCCCAGCCUCAAGCUGCAGUGGAGUCAGGGGACCUGCGACCGCCGAUGA